ACAUCAUCAAACACCUGUUGGGCCUGGGUGUUUUCAAGAAAGACCCGAGCAAAAUACCAAGUUUUGUGAGUUGGGAUAUACAUGGAGACAACCUAGAUUAUAGUCACAAACCUUUUCAUCAGACAUUGACAAAGCGACCUGAAGACAUUCACUGGUUUUUACUAGAUGCUGCACCUCUGCGGAUAAUUCCACAGGAUUCGCUUGACCAAACCCAGCCCAGGAGAGAUAUCAGAGAAGUGCACAACACAGAGUUCAUGCCUUCACCUAAAGAGCACCAGGAACUCUGAGACAACUAUAUAUUUCAUGUUUUGGAAGUUAUGACACAAUUUGCCACUUGCUUGAAACAAUUCUGGGACUUUGUUCCAAAGUGCAUUCCCCAUCCACAUGUGACAGAAAUGGCAAAGAAGACAGAUAAUGUUCUUCUUGAUAUUCUGGAAAAGAAUGAGAACAUAAACACAGACAUGAUUGACAUUCUAAAUCACAUCUAUGAACAGUAUGUUCCGGUUGUGCCCGAAGCACUUGGAGAGAAUGUCACAGAGAGGAUGGUUUUCGAAGGAGACCAGUUGACAAACGAAAGGGCUCAUUCUGCACAACUAAAUAUGGCAAAUGGGAUCAACUCUUCAUCAAUGCUGAUGGGAAUCUUGCACAGAACUGAAGGGUUACAUUUGUGCAUGAAUACAUGCCUCUACAUUCUGGAGACCUUCUACAGUUCCACAAGUGUGAGAGACAUUAUACCAUUUGAAAACACUGGUGGACAGGAGAAAUAUCACACUGGACAUGACAAAUGUGGCAUUGUAGUAGAGGGUGUGACAGUUGCUGUAAUGAUGGAGUCGGAUGAGCGCUAUGAUGGUCUGCACAAUUACGCAGUAUCUUUCAUGAAAGUUGCCCUUCUGCUUCGUGAAAUCAGGGAUGCCUAUAAGAUGGGUGAUGGGAACAGGUUGUUCAGAAAUUUCAAAUUCCUGCUGUUGUACUUCGACCAAAGCGUACACUUCAAAUAUCGAUCGUGGGUGUGGCGUAUGUUGGCGUAUGACCUUGGCCUUCUUUUAGAAUAUGAGAGGUAUGCCUAUGGUUGGAACAUGUCUGUGAAUGUUGUUGGCAGUAUACAUAGCUGUAUUGCAAAUGACAGUUUGGUGGAGACCCACGUGCAUAAAGUUAAAGAGAUGAUGCGAGCCCAAGGCACCAAUGUGUCCUAUGAAGCUGUUCGUCAGGCAUGCAAGUGUUUGGGCAUGGUUCAGUCCCUUCUGGAUGAGAUGAGUUCCUUUGUCAGUGGCAGGCAUGCAGACUACACACAACAUAAAACUGAAGACGUGACCGCGAUGUCUUCUGCUCUGCUUAACAUGGAGAAUAUUCAACACCAAGCAACAGCUGAGCAUGCUAACUUCCCAAACUUUCCAAAUGACUUGCUAAGCUCAGUGGACUUGAUGAAAUUCAAUGGUUGGCUGCAUAACCAAAAAACAAGGGCAGCCAGAGAUAUGCAGUUUUAAUAUGAUAAGACAGUGGACAUAAAGCCAGUGAAAUUAUGAUAUGUCACAUGUCCUCUGCACAUUCUUGACAUGUUGGCCACAUAUGUUCCACUUGUCAUUAACCUUUCAUGUCAGAUUGUCAUCUAAUGGUGUGUUCAAGUUUCUUAUACGCCACUUGUAUAGGCUGUAUAACAUAUGCUUCACAUUAGUGAAAUGAUAUUCACUUCAUUUUCAUGUUUUUUCUUAUGUACAGUACAGCAUAUUUGUAAUACUGUUGAAGGUCCCAAUGUGUUACUUGAAAUAGUUUGUGUUGGGUUGUCAGAAGUGAUUAUGUUUUUCCACAUUACAUGUGCUUAAGUGUGGCACAUAUUUUGUGCAGAGGACACAAGGU